AUCCAUGGCAGUGCACCACACCAGUGUCAAGCGAGCCCGACACGGUUAGGCGCCCCUUCAGGAGCUGGACGCCUGUGUCUAACACCAUCGGAUUUUGGCUCCUUUGGCUCGUAAUCUGACCCGUAUCUAAUUCGAGCGCAUAGAGGCGAAUUCUACAGCCUCAAAUUUCUCUUACUUACAAGCCCGCAAUUCCUGCAAAUCUUUAUUUUUUUAUUCCUUCACCGAUACCAUUUGCGUCGCCGAACCAACUAGCAAUACACCAACCUUCAACAUGAAUUACGCACCAAUGUCUGAUCCCGAGGACUAUGGGAUGGCCCAGUCCCAAAACAUGGAUGACACAGGUGCGCGACUCAAUCGCUGCUGCGAUCGCUCUGGGCCUUGGGGUGUAGACAUCUUCGCCAGCUGCAUCGCCGGCUGCUGGGCCGGUGUUCUUGCUUGCUUCGAUGGCUGUGGUGAAUGCUGCGGAGAGUGUUGCGGUGGCUGUGGGGAGUGUUGCGGAGAGUGCUGCGCCAGCGGUGGGAAUUGCUGUACUUGAGCAGGAAAAUGCCUCGGGCCUGAGGUUGCAGCUACCUCAAGAGAUGGAGAAGAAAGAGCUUGGUCCAGAAGUCGGGGAGCAAGUGCAGCGGCUGCUCUUGCAACUGUCGGGACUGCCUCCUUCGCCACCUCAUGCUCAACGCGUGACCUCCGCCAUCCCAUCACCAUCCACCUCUUAUCGCGCUCGUUGCAAUAAUAUCUUACUGGACAACAUCGUUACGUCGCCCUCACUAUUACAAACAUGGAUCGAAAGACUGGUCGUACGCCACCUGCCACCUCUACUGCCAAAAGAGAGCCUGUUCACGAAAGGGACGGUGCCAACAUGCUCAGUGCCACGCCCAAUUUCUCUCGCCCGAUUCUGCCUCCAAGAGGGAGCGACACGAACCGAGGGAUCAACGCUACUCAGCCAAAAUGUAAGCUUGAUCGAGAGAUCCCUCUCCACGUCGUGCACAUAGCCAGAGGUGACUGAUCGGAACGUAGCAAAGACAUCGCUCAGAAAGAUU